AGCUCCUUGGGUAGGGCCUUUGUAGUCCCUGCUCACUGAAUGCCUGGAGCUGCCUCUGGGACACCACCCAGAGUUCCAAACUCCUCUGAAGAUAGCCACAGUCCAGGAGUCCUUUUGACAAAGCCCAGAGCCAGCCCAGUUUGCCAUCAGGGAGGGGAUGUGAUAACAGGUUCCAGAGUGCAAAGUGGACUACUGUCCAGACUGGUAGGGGAGAAGUCUGAUCACAUGAUUCUGGAAGGUUCCCACAGGAGCUGGCAUUUCACCAUGGUGGAGAGGAAACACUGUAGUCCACCUAACAGUGGGCCAAGGCUCACCCAGGCAGAGCCAGGUCCCCAAUGUUCCCUGAGCCAGGCUUGCCCUGGGGACUCAUGACAAAUGGUAAUUUGGUUUGGCGGGCACCUCCUCUCUGGGAGUAGCUGUUAGAGACCAGGACAAGGUACGCCUGGUCCACUUUAGCUCCUCAAGACCUGAUGAGUCCCCUGAAAUCUCAUACACACACUCUGUCAUGGGGUCACCAGACCAAAUGAGAAUAUAGAGAGUGCCGGGUGUGUGUGAGAUCCUUGUGGAAUGCAACCUUCCAAGGAACAGCAGCAUUACUCAAGGGGAUGGGGGCGUGGCUCAAUGGUAGCCUGGUCCCUAGCGUGAGGCCCUGGGUUCUGUCUACAGCACUGAGAAGAAAGAGGUCUACUCAGAUCACACUCCUCUCAGCUGCUACAGAAGGAAAGUAGGAGAGCAGUGGUAGCUUGUAGACAGGUCCCUGAGGGAGAGAGUCUGUACUGAGGAAGGAGGGAAGGGUGGCUUGGGUGUAGCAGCCCCUCCAUCCCCUGUGUGCCGGGGACAGACUGGCAGAGUCAGGCUAGACCAGGUCAGACCUCAGAACUGCAGGCGCCUUCGGCCUUUGUGAAGGGAACUGGGAGCCGCUGAAGGGUUGAAACAAGAUCUGACAUGACCACACUUACCUGUUGAAAGAUCACUUUAGUGGGGACCCGUGGAGGACAGUGCGAAUGUCCACUGUACUGGGGUGGGACCCAUGGCCUCUGCGGUCUCACUGUGGCCAGACCCUCCCUUCCUUCUUUCCAGCAGCAGAGCUGGGGAUCUGUGACCUGUGUAUCCAGCUAGCCAUGGAACAGUUUGGCUCUGGCCACCAGCCCCUUAGGUGAGGACUCCAUCUGGGGCCCAGUGCACAUUCCUCACCAUGGAGGUGAAAAGGACCCUUCCAGUUAGGGGAACUGUCCUUUAAGAACCGUGGUCCAGCUCUGCUGCAUCUUCCUGUCAACCAUCUUCAAGAGAGGCUCCUGUUCCUGCUGGCCCACGGAUGGGGAGGUGGGCCCUUGACGUAGCCUUUGUGUGGAAGGCCGUGCUGACGCUGGGCCUGGUCCUGCUCUACUACUGCUUCUCCAUAGGCAUCACCUUCUACAACAAAUGGCUGACAAAGAGCUUCCACUUUCCCCUCUUCAUGACCAUGCUGCACCUGGCCGUGAUCUUCCUCUUCUCGGCCCUGUCCAGGGCGCUGGUUCAGUGUUCGAGCCACAGGGCCCGAGUGGUGCUCAGCUGGACUGACUACCUCAGAAGAGUGGCCCCCACGGCACUGGCAACAGCACUGGAUGUGGGCUUGUCCAACUGGAGCUUUCUCUACAUCACCGUGUCGCUGUACACAAUGACCAAAUCGUCUGCUGUGCUGUUCAUCCUGAUCUUUUCUCUGAUCUUCAAGCUGGAGGAGCUGCGUGCAGCCCUGGUGCUGGUGGUCCUUCUCAUUGCUGGGGGCCUCUUCAUGUUUACCUAUAAGUCCACACAGUUCAACGUGGAGGGCUUUGCCUUGGUGCUGGGAGCUUCAUUCAUCGGCGGCAUCCGCUGGACCCUUACACAAAUGCUUCUGCAGAAAGCUGAUCUGGGCCUUCAGAAUCCCAUUGACACCAUGUUCCACCUGCAGCCACUCAUGUUUCUGGGGCUCUUCCCUCUCUUUGCCAUAUUUGAAGGUCUCCAUUUGUCCACCUCAGAGAAAAUCUUCCGCUUCCAGGACACAGGGCUGCUCCUGCGGGUUCUUGGGAGCCUCCUCCUUGGUGGGGUUCUGGCCUUUGGCUUAGGCUUCUCUGAGUUUCUCCUGGUCUCCAGAACAUCUAGCCUCACUCUCUCCAUCGCUGGCAUUUUUAAGGAAGUCUGCACACUGCUGUUGGCAGCUCACCUGCUGGGUGACCAGAUCAGCCUCCUGAACUGGCUGGGCUUUGCCCUCUGCCUCUCUGGCAUCUCCCUGCAUGUGGCCCUCAAGGCCCUGCAUUCCAGAGGUGAUGGUGACCCUAAGCUCUCGAAGGGCCUGGGCCCCAGCGCUGACCUGGAGCUGCUGCUCCGGAACAGCCAGAAGGAGGAGGACGAUGACGAUGAGUAUUUUGUCACCCAGGGGCACCAGUGACCAGCCCAGGAGCAGCGGAAACAGGCCACUCUACAGUCAGCGCGCUGGUGACUCUUGGUGUGGCCUGGAGGCUCAGCUGGUUCCUCAGAGCAGCUACAAGUGGUGGCUUCAGAGUCAUCUGUAGGACCGUGGCCGGAGGGGGGCUCCUGUCUUUCCUGUGGAGGGUGGUCCAAAAAGGGAGUGCCAGGCUCACCCUGGACGUAGUGUGGCAGUGAAGGGAGCCGGUGACCUCUUCUCCACUGUUGCUCUGGUUCCAAGAGCCAGGGUGAACUUCAGGUGUGUGGUUGUUUCUCUUCCCGGGUUUGGACUGCAGGGCAUCUGGGAAGGAGUCAUGGUGAGGCUGGGCCUCAUCACCUGGACAGUGGCUUCCACAGAGAGUAGAUUUAUUUAUAGUUGAAGUAAUGAUUUCCUUCUGUACUGCGCCGUGUUGCCUGAGGCAGGAGAGCAAGGAGAGCCCCGGGCCUGGCCUCUCCUUCUCAUGCCCUCUGUAGCUCGUGCCUCUG